AGGGAGGUCACCGCUAUAUAUAUCCUGCUCGCGUGUAGUACAGGGCAUGCGCAGUCUUCUCAUUUCCUCCCGUGGUUACUGACACAGAAAGCAAAAGGUGACAUGGCGAAAGUGAAGUUGGUUGCCUGCCUGGCUGUCCUGUCUCUACUUGCGACAGUCAUCCUGGCAGAUGACAGCGAGAACAGCGUCGAUGUCGACAAACCGUCGCACGGUCCAGACGGCCAUUUCCUCAAGGACCGCCUACGCAGUCACGUGACCACCCACACCGGCGACAAAAGAAAGUCAGGUGAAGGUCACCGCAAUGGCGGCCACGGCCACAGCAACAACCACAACCACCACAAGGGCCAUGGAGUGGGCAAGUUCAGAGUUGGCGACGGGGAGCACAAGGCCAUGGAGGAGGAGAACCACCUCCUGAGUGAACCUGCGGUAAAACACUCAAAGCCGUUUGCUCAUCACGGACACAACUCGAAGCACGCGGGCAAACACCACAUGUCACGUGAUGGCUUCCAUCCUAAGCCCGUGGACCCGAAGUUCGGCGCCUUCCGCCAUCGGAACGAGCAUCGACAGGUCAACAGGCGAGUACCAGACGUGAAGGUUCAUGGUCAUGGUCACUCCAGCAACUUCAAAGCGAGCCACCAUGUUGGAGAGAACCGACACGGUUCUGCAAAUCAUAUUCGUCACUAGGGGGCGUCAGAUGUCAACUACAUGAACAUCACGUGACGUGAAGAGAAGUAUCCACCUCAGCAUUGUUUUAUUUUAUUUAUUUUUUUAUUUUUUUGCGACCAUGGUCAACAUAUCUGUAAAUUCAGCAGACAUCCGUGCUGCCUGUCUUGUCAUAUCACUUGGUGUGCCAACUGAUAUUUCUGCAACGGAAUCAUGUAUCAUUCUUACGACGAUUAAUUGAAUAAAAAUUGUAUGGUCCAUUGUCUUGUAUGUACUGUCUUACAACACUUGAAAAAUAUUCCUUACAGGAUCCGAGAUGCUGUGCGAUCUUGCCAGUACAAUAGUAGCUUACUUUCAUUUCAUUUUUAAUUUUUUUUUUUUUAUUUUAGGCUGAAAGUGAAUGUGUGCUUGGUGGCAGGCAGCCUGACUUUUAAUUAGAAAUGCAAACGCUUCUUGCAUGUACGCCUUAGAAAUUAAAGAAUUUAAAUUGGAAAA